AUGGCACCUAAGAUUCUCUUUGUUCCCGGACUCUGGGAGGGGCCAACGGUGUUCGGCCCCAUUUCUACUCAGCUCGCCAUUCAAGGCUUCAGCGCUGAAAUCGCUGAGCUUCCGAGCACAGGCACUGUGUCUCCAGGAAAUCCAAGCUACAAGGAUGAUGUACAGGCUGUGCGGUCGCAUAUUCAGCGGCUCAUACAGAAUGAUGAUCUGUUGCUCGUCCUCCACUCUGCGGGCGGUUUUAUCGGCAGCGAGGCGAUGGAGGGACUAAGUAAGAAAGACCGUGAGUCGCAGGGCCACAAACACGGGGUAGUUGGGAUUUUGUUUAUCGCAGGAGCGGUGUUUCCUGAGGGGUUUCAGCACCAACCACUACCUUUUGCGCGAAUUGAAGGGGGUGCCUCCUACUGUGCUAACCCCGCAGUGAUAUUCUUCAAUGACUUAACGGAGGAAGAGAGGAAGAAGUGGGUGCAGGUGAUGAAGACACAGCCUGCAGAGGGCUGGGACGAUGUCAUUUCUUAUACUGGCUGGAAGGAUGUUCCGAGUGUGUACUUGAUCUGUGAGAACGAUCAGCUCUUGCCAGUCCCGUUACAGGAACAGUUGGCCGCAUUAGCGAAUAGUAGGGUCGAACGAUGCAGUGCUGGUCAUCUCGCGCAGCUCAGUCAGCCUGGAAGAGUGAUUGAAGUGAUUCAGGGUGCUAUAGAGUCACUUUGA